AUGAAAACAUCGCUUUUUACUACUAUCGUUGUUGCGGUGUCCCCGUUGCUUGUUACACCAGGGUUAGGGCUUCCGGUUAUGAAUGAUCUGGAAGGGUUGGAAUACCAACAGCAGCAAGAGGGAGGAGGAUUGCCAGAUAUUUGGGGGUGUAGUUCGCAGGUUGAAAGUUUGUUGGCUAUGAGACGGUGGGAGGGGGAAGCUGAAAAGAUUUUACAGAAACAGAAGGCGUAUUUGGCGGAUAAUAGGGAGAAUUUGUCUAGUUGUGUAGAGUUUGAGGAGGGAAGUGUGGAGGAGUGUGUGACAUUGGGAAAAGAGAGUUCGGGAACUUUGCCGGAGGUUUAUAUUAACCAUAUCUGUCAACUGUGCAUUAAGCUCGAAGAUAGGAGAGUCCUCUGGUUUUGA